UUUUUUUUUCUUUCGUUUUGUGUACUUUGCACUUUUGCUUGGAGGGGAUUUGCUUCUUGCAAAUUAUUAGUCUUCCAUUCUGAUGCGAACAAUUUUAGUAUAUAUGCAAGUCAAAAUUCGGAAUAUAAUCAUAGUCUCAAACGAAGACCUGCAAAUCAUAUAAACAAACAUGAAAUCCUUUGCAAUCAUCCUUUUGGUAGUAGCUUCAGUCGCCUUCGCUCAAAAGGUAAAUUUGACUGAAGAGCAAAAAACCAAACUUGCUGAAAUCAAAAAAGAAUGCGUAGUAUCUUCUGGAGUCGCUGUGGAUGCUGUUGAGAAUGCUAAGAAAGGCAUAAUUGCUGAUGAACAGAAGAUACAAGAUUUAUUGUUCUGCGUAGCACAGAAGAUUGGCUUCAUGAACUAGGAUGGUCAUUUCAAUGUUGAUGUUAUGAUGACAAAGAUCAGCGCCCAACAUGGAGAACAGAUUGCUAAAGACGUAGUUGGUGUUUGCACAACCAAAAUCGAGGCAAAUGGACCAGAAACCAGAUUCGUUCUUGCCAAAUGUCUUUCCGAAAAGUCCAAACAACACGUUUCUCUUGCUUAAUGUCGAUACAGUGAUACUACUUCUUUAAAAAUAAAGCUAUAAUUUAAGUACAACA